AGUAUGCGACGGCUGUGAUUUGAUAUGUGGUGAUCGUUUUCCUGGAUUUUUCAAUUCCAUUCCCAUGAAAUAUAUAAUGUGUGCCUACUGAUUCUACCAAACUGCCAGCUUGGAAGAUCAAUAGUUAGAGCAAAGAGCCGUCAAACCCUAAGGUCGCAGCACAUGUCUCUCAUUGCAAUUCGCAGAUGAGGAGUUGCAGCAUAUUAUGCGUGUGUUGAAUACCAAUGUGGAUGGAAAGCAGAAGAUCAUGUUUCACUAUUACCUCCAUCAAGGGUAUCGAUAGACGUUUCGCUGACAUCGUCUACAAGAAGGCCGACGUCGACAUGAUCCCGGACUGGUUCUCCAAAAGAAGGGACUACAAGGAUGGUAAAUAUUCCCAGGUGGUCUACAAGGAUGGAUAUUAUGAUGUUUUGGUGUUCAUCAUUUCCAACUUACUCUCUUUAUUCCCAUUCAUGGUUGCAAUUACUCUUAUUAUCUGGGGAAAUUUGGACCAGAUGAUAGAGAGCCUCAUGAUGGUUGUAGCUUCUCUAGUUCCCAAUUUCCCAAUGGGUAUUAUAACAUUUGAGCUUCCUGAUGAUGACCUUGGGUUUCUUCCGCUUGCUACCAAAUCUUCCCAAGCCGUUUGGGAUACCAAUAGACCACUCCAAGUGAUGGGACUUGGCUGCUAUUCCCAUGUGAUCUUCGACACUACUGGGGCCUUUGUGUGCGUGGACAGAGAUUUGUGGCAUUUGAAGAAGCGACAUUGCGGAGAGGUGAAGAAGGGAAUGAAACACGUUAAGUUUCAUAAAUAAUGUAGUAAAUUUCAUAAACAGUAUAGUAAGUUAAUAAGUUUCAUAAACAGUGUAAUUGUGUGAUAAAUUAUGUUUUUGUCAUAAAAAUUUAAGUUCUUUUGUACAUUUUAUUAAA